AUGACUUACUACUACCAGAACCAGUGUGAGGAUGCCUGCUACACUCCCUGCAACUACAGGACCGUGUACAGCUACCGGACCUACGACUGCGGAAGCCCUUGUGGCUACCAGGGCUACGGGAGUCUGGGCAGUUAUCGGGACUGCUACCCUUCCUACAGCUCCCGCUAUUGCUACCCCUACUCUUCUUGCUACACCCGUAGAUACAGUUAUGGGAGCUUCUACCCCUGCUACCCCUGCUAA